GCUGUGGAUGCAUAGGACACGCUUCUGAAUGUCUCCAUGUGUGGCGCCCACAUCAGCAGAUCUGUGAGACCCUUAGCUCAGCGAGGAGACUUGGGGAGCAGGCUCAGGGCCAGCAGCUCCACAUUUGUGGAGCCACAGCGCGCAGAAGUUGCAGACACACUCCUAUUGGUGCAGCUGCUGCAGGCCUACCGCAGCCAUGGGCACCUCAGUGCAACCCUGGACCCAUUGCAGAGGCUCCGAGGCCCUUGGUUCACAGAAUGCCAGAAAUGGACGUCCCCCAGGAAUGCUCUACUGGACAGGGUUGGCCAGCUGGAUAGGAGGCUCUCAGCCGAUGAGAAGGCUUCCUGGCUGGCUGCGCAGAUCGGCAUGGAGCUGCCAACGUCAAGCAGCAGGCGAUUCUUUCUUGGAGGAGCGCUGAGUGCGGGGGAGCCUCUCUCACUGGACACUUGGUCACUGCCGGCUGUUGUGGAGCACAUGCAAGACGCAUACUGCGGGACACUUACUGCAGAACUGGACCACCUCACCUCCCAGGAGGAGCAGCGGUGGCUGGCGGACAAGAUCGAGCGGCGGGAGUCCAUUUCGGCGCCAGAGCGCGUCAGGAUCCUGAGCACCCUCGUGCACGCAGACGAAUUUGAGCGCUUCCUUGCCCUGCACUUCCCCAAGUCGAAGAGGUUUGGGGUGGAGGGGUGUGAGGCGCUGCUGCCGGGGGUGGAUGCACUAAUUGGGCGGUGCGCGUCCGGGGGCGUGCGGCGCAUCGAGGUGGGCAUGGCGCACCGCGGCCGCCUGUCGCUGCUGUGCAACCUGCUGCACAAGCCGCCCGGCGCGCUGUUCGCGCAGAUGGAGAACGGUCAGAGCGACUACCGCGUCGGCGAUGUCAAAUACCACCUCGGCGACACAGCCACGCUGGCCUUUGGCGAGAGGCAGGAGAUCCGAGUGUCGAUAGCGCCCAAUCCCAGCCACCUGGAGGCGGUCAAUCCAGUGGUCAUGGGCCUCGUGCGCGCAGUGCAGACGCGGCUCGAGACCGGCGGCCGCCGCUCGGUGGCCGGCCUGCUCAUCCACGGGGACGCCGCCUUUGCCGGCCUGGGCAUUGUUGCCGAGUGCCUGCAGCUCUCCAACACCCCUGGGUUCACGGUGGGGGGCAUGCUGCACAUAGUGGUGAACAACCAGGUGGGCUUCACGACGGCGCCGCGCGAGGGCCGCUCCUCGGCGCAUGCAACGGAUCUGGCCAAGGCGGUGGGCGCGCCGGUGCUGCACGCCAACGCGGAUGAUCCCGAGGCCGUUGUUGCCGCCUGCCGCAUCGCAGCCGACUGGCGCCACCGCUUCCACAAGGACGUCGUCGUGGACCUAGGAUGCAGCUUCAACAGGCAUGGCCACAACGAGCUGGACGAUCCGCAGGCAACGCUGCCGCUGACAUAUGAGCGCAUCCAGGCACAUCCGCGAGUCCUUGACCUCUACGCUGCACGCCUCCAACAGCAGGGCCUCAUCCCACCCACCCUCCUCGACUCCCUCAAGGCCGAGGUGCAGGCCAAGUUUGAGGAGGAGUUUGCAGCGUAUGAGGCCGGCCUGUACAGGGAGCAGCCGCGCGACUGGCUCGCCACCUCAUGGCAGGGCGAUGCGCUGCAGGUCAUCCCAUUUUACUGCUGUCAGGAGCCGACGGGGCUGCCGCUGGCGACACUGCAGUGGGUUGGCCGCUCCGUCUGCGCCGCUCCCGCCGAUUUCAGCCGCCACCCAGAAGUCGACCGCCUCUGCGUGUCACGCCUGGCCAUGGUGGAGGACAAGGACAGCAGGGUGGAUUUUGGGAUGGCGGAGGCGUUGGCAUUCGGGACGCUGGCGCUGCACCGCGGCGAUGCGGAUGCGGCGUCUGGGCUGAACCUGGGGGCGUACGCGGUGCGGCUGAGCGGACAGGACGUGGAACGGGGCACCUUCAACCACCGCCACGCCGUGCAGUACGACUGCAGGACCGCCAAAAGGCGGGUGGCUCUGGACGAGAUCCAGCCGGGCAUGCAGGAGCGCGUGGAGGUUUGGAAUUCGCCGCUGAGCGAGGCCGGCGUGCUGGGUUUUGAGUACGGCUACUCCCUGGGCAACGAGCGCCGCGGCCUCACUGUCUUUGAGGCCCAGUUCGGCGACUUUGUCAACAACGCGCAGUGCAUCAUCGACCAGUUCAUCUCCGCAGGAGAGGAGCGGUGGGGCCAGACGAGCGGGCUGGUGCUGCAGCUGCCGCACGGGUUUGAGGGCCAGGGGCCGGACCACUCCUCGGCGCGCGUCGAGCGCUUCCUGCAGCUUGCCAACGACGACGCCGACCACCUUCCCGGCAACUCCCCCGCGCAGCUCCGCGAAAUCAGCGCCACAUUUGCGUGCCGCCAGGCCAACCUGUUUGUGGUGUGUGCCACGACGCCGGCGCAGCUGUUCCACGCACUGCGGCGGCAGAUGAACCGCCCCUUUGUGAAGCCUCUGGUGCUGCUGACGCCCAAGUGGCUGCUGCACCACCGGCCUGCCACGUCUGCGCUUGCCGACUUCACUGCCGGUACCUUCUUCAACCGUGUCAUCGACGACGGCAAGGCGGUGAACCACGCGACCGGGGAGGCGUUCUUGCUGCCGCCGGAGCAGAUCCGGCGCGUGAUCCUGUGCUGCGGGCAGAUCUACUACCACCUGUCGCUGGCGCGCCGCGCCCGACGCAUCCGCGACACCGUGCUCGUGCGCCUGGAGCAGAUCACACCCUUCCCCUCCGACCUGCUCUUCAAGGUGAUAGCGCAGUACGGCAACGCGGAGGUGGUGUGGUGCCAGGAGGAGCCCAAGAACAUGGGCGCGCACUUCUACAUCAAGCCGCGCCUCGCCACCGCCAUGCGCGACCUCGGCCUCCCGGCCGGCAUGCACCCGCGGCCCCUGCGCUACGUCGGCCGCUCCGCCUCCGCCUCUGUUGCCACCGCUUCAAUCGCCAUCCACCGCAUUGAGACAAAGAACAUCAUUGACAGCGCUCUCAGCCCGGCGCCCAUUGAAGCGGACGUCAAGAUCUGA